AUGAAUCUAAUAUUAAUUUGCAUCCUAUUCAUCAAUAUUUCAACCAAAGAAUUCAGAAUCUAAAUUGAGAAGACAUAAACGCAAAGAAGAUCAAGAAAUCAUUUAACCUAUUCAAAUGUCGAUAAAAAUAAAUUAAAAGCAACACCUGAUGAUUCCAAAUAAUAUUUAGAUGAUUAUACUUUAACAGUAGCAUAAAUUUUAAUUUUACCAGAUUCCAUUAACUUUGGGUUCAGAAUUAGUAUAAUAGUCAAUUGAUACUACAUCUUAUAUUACCUGGGUAUUUAGUAAAAACCCAGAUGAUAAAAAAUGCGAUAAAUGUCCAGUUGAUGCAAAAUUAUUUAAGUGCGAAACAAGCUGCUCCUAUCAAACAAGCAAAGACGAUGAUAAAAACAUUCCCUUAACAUCUGAAAAUACAUAUGGAGGAAGAGUUAAAGUGAAUGGAUUAUACGCAAUUUAAGUAUACAAUUUAACAAGAAUAAGGAUUCACUUGAACUAUUAGGGAUGACAAUUAAGAAAGUAGGUCUUGGACUAGUUGAUAAAUACAAUACUGAGUAUAGUACUACCUCUAAUGAUGGGGCAUUGGGCUUGGCUUACGGUCAAGACUACAUUGAUUACAAAAAGAAGAAAAAUGCCUAAGUUGGAGAAUUUCAGUUUGAUUCUGCCUUAGAACCUCAGAAUAGUAUUCUCUAACAGUAUUAGUAUUAAGAUUUACUUAAGAAUUCGUGCUUAAUUGCCCAAUGUUCCAUAAACUACUUUUGCUAUUAAAUUAGAAGACACAUUGUAAUUGCUUGUUUUAGGUGAAAAACAAGAAUAUUUUGCAUCAUCUAAAUUUGUUAAGUUUUCAAAUGUUGGUAAAAAAGUCUGGGCUUUAAAAUUAAAUAAGCUAUACUUUGGAGAUGAGUCAGUGUUCUUAAGUAAUAAUUAAAUUAAGAGUUUAGCUGGCGGAACUGCUAUAUUUGAUAGCACAACAAGAUUUAUAUGGGCAGAAAAGACAGUCAUAGAAAAAUUUGAGGAAGAAUUAAAAAAGUUUCAUCUUGUAAUGCUUUUUCUUAAAUUAGGAUUGUGCUGUGAGCGAAGAUUUAUUAAAGUGUUCUUGCAAUGAUGAACAAUAUGAAAAAUUCAAUGAUAUUAAUUUCACUUUUAAUCAAGACAAUAAUAAGUACUCUUUAUCAAAGUCAGAUUACAUCCAUAGAGAAGAUUAAAAGUGCUAUCUUUUAGUCAGAUCUUUAUAAACAAGCAAUCCAUUAAUUUAAUAAUCAUCAGAUAAACCUGUGAUUGUCAUACCUUAUACAUUUUUCAAGUAAAUAUGUAUAAUAUGCGAAGAAAAAAUUAUGUUCUUUUUGAUCAAGAAGAAAACUCAAUCAAUAUUUCUCCUUCAUAUCAAGUAAAAGCUGAUUCCAUUCAUUUGAGUAACAAUACUAUCAUUACAACUUCCAUAAUUGGAUUUGUAUUUUUAAUUCUGUCAUUAUUCGUGUUGACUAAUAUUAUGCAGUAAUAUCACCUAUAUCUUUAGAUAUGCAUCUUAUGAUAGUACAACUUAAUAGCCAUAGUAAUAAUAAGCAUAUUAACAAUAAUAAAUAUAUUAAUCACCUAGAGUGUAAUAAUAAUAAUUUAAAUAAUCGCCUUAUCAAUUCAGUCCAAAUUAAUUUAACUAAGUGAGAGUUAAUCCUGUGGCAAAUAUACCAGGACAUUAUAGAUUUUGAAUAAUAAAUGUAAGAUAUAA